AGUUGUAAGUUUAGACAGAAUCUCUAAAUGUCAAAUUUUAGAGGUUAUAGAUAAAAAGGUUGUUUGUAGGUUGAUUUAAAUUUUAAUAAAAAAUGGAAUUGUCGUGUAAAGUACAAGAAUACGAUUGGGGUAAAAGGGGAUCACAAAGUGCUGUAGCACAAUUACUAAAAAAAAGAAACCUCGAUGUUAAAAUAGAUGAAUGUAAACCUUACGCCGAAUUAUGGAUGGGAACUCACGUAAACGCCCCAUCUAUUAUUAAAGAAACGGGAGAGCUUUUAUCAGAUUAUAUUGAUAAGAACCCGAAGGUGUUAGGUGAAAAAGUAGCCGAAAUUUUUAAUAACCAAUUACCGUUUUUAUUUAAAAUUUUAUCUGUUAAUAAAGCUUUGUCAAUACAAGCUCAUCCUACUAAACAACACGCGAUUGAGUUGAAUAAAAAGUUUCCCGAUAUUUAUAAAGAUCCGAAUCAUAAACCCGAAAUGGCCAUAGCUUUAACACCUUUCGAAGCAAUGUGCGGUUUCAGAAACCCACGAGAAAUAAGAGAAUUCAUAACUCACCUUCCAGAAUUGGAAAAUAUAACAAGAUCUAAAGACGAAGUGGAUGAUGUUAAAUUUUUAGAAAAAUCCUUCAGAGCAAUAUUAACUUGUGAAAAAGAUUUAGUGGCUAAAACGAUAGAAUCUUUAAAAACGAGAUUUGCUAAUCUCGAAAAAUGCGAACGAGAUAAAUAUUUGUCGUCACUUCUCGAUAAACUAAAUUCUCAAUUCCCCAAUGAUAAUGGAGUAUUGAUGGUUUAUUUUCUUAAUUACAUUAAAUUACAACCAUCGGAAGCGAUAUAUCUCGCUGCUAAUAAACCCCAUGCUUAUAUUUAUGGUGACUGUGUUGAAAUGAUGGCUUCUUCAGAUAACGUCGUAAGAGCGGGCUUAACCCCAAAAUUACGAGACGUUCAGACACUUUUAACAAUGCUAGACUACACGGAGGAUUUGACUCAAGAUAGUCGGUUUAAACCGCAAGUGGAGAAUGAGUAUACAACGUUAUACAAACCUCCAGUACAAGAAUUCGCUGUUGUUAGGAUAAAACUACCGAAAUCUAUUAGAAAAUAUACUAUACCGAAAAGGGAUAGCGCUAGUAUAAUAAUAGUUAUUGAUGGUACUGGGAAAAGUGUCGACAAGGAAGUUGUACCUGGAUUAAUUUUGUUUUUAGCAGCCCAAGAGGUUUUAGAAAUAAUCGAGGUUUAUUCGGAAAGCAUAUUGAUGUAUCAAGGGUUUACCAAUGUUGAAUAAUUGAUAUUUUAUGUUGUUGAUAAUAAAAUUUCAAUAGAC